UCAAAUAUUUGCAGUGUAAUUAUGAUUAUGAAAAAUAAAAUAGAUUACAUUGAGAUAUUAUUUUUUAUUUGAUAACUCUUAUAAAAGUUGAUAAAACUAAACGAAAGCAUUUAUUAUUAACGUAACGUUUAAACCAAAAUGUUUUCUAACAAAGUUGUUAUAAUAACCGGGGCUAGUUCGGGAAUUGGUGAAGGUUUAGCUAUAAGAUUUGCAAAAGAGCAAGCGAAUGUGUGUAUAACCGGUCGAAACAUUACAAAUUUAGAAAAAACCGCCAGAAAAUGUGUAGAAAUUGGUGGAAAUAAACCUAUUAUGGUUAUUGGUGAUGUUACUAAUGAUGAACAUUUAAAAGAUAUUGUAAAUUCAACUAUUAAUGCUUUUGGAAAGAUAGACAUUUUAAUUAAUAAUGCUGGCAUAUUAAAAACUCAAUCGUUGGAACAAAUCACAGCUGAUAAUUAUGAUGAUGUAUUUAACACGAAUGUAAGAGCAGUUGUGUUUUUGAGUAAAUUGGUUGCUCCAUAUUUAAUUCAAACCAAAGGAAACAUUGUAAACGUUUCUAGCUUAGCUGGAAUGAAAUCUUACAGUGGAUCAUUAAGUUAUAACAUGUCUAAAGCAGCUUUAGACCAAUUCACAAAAUGUACAGCUCUAGAAUUAGCCCAAAAAGGAGUUAGAGUCAAUUCUGUUAACCCCGGAUACAUUCCCACAAAUAUAAUGAGAUCAUUACCACUCCCAGAUGAAAGUUUUCGUACCAAAAUUGAAUCAGCCUAUAAAACUGUUGUUCCUUUAGGUAGAAAUGGAACAAUCAAUGACGUUGUUGAAGCUGUUUUAUAUUUAGCAAAUGAAAAUUCCUCUUUUAUUACCGGACAUCUUUUACCAAUCGAUGGUGGAAGAAAUUUAGUAACUCCAAGACCGAAUCUGGAAUAAAAAUAUCAAAACGUUGCUAAAAAAUAAAUAAAACUUUUUUAAACAU